AGCCUGUCCUGACCUUUCACCUAUGCAGUCUCAGGGUGAGGCCCCUUCAUGGAAGGUGAGGCCUGGUGACAAGGAACCAGUCCUGUGAGCAGCACAGGUCAGGGGAGGAGAAAUCCAGGUCCCUGUUAGACCUUGCCAAGACCACUGCUGCUUCCAGGAAAUGGUGACAUCUCAUGCGAGAAGGUUGGGGCUCUCGUGAUGUCACAGUGAUGUCAGAUGAUUCACAGACCCGGUGAUGGUUCAGCAAUCCCUAAGCCAUUCUGCUAACUCACCUACUUGGGGCUGACGAGUGAGGCAGGGAGAUGGGUCAUCUCUGUUGUGGCUGCUGGGCUCCAUGGGAUAUAAGGUUCAGGGUUUUGUGGUGAAUAUUCUAAUCUGGUCAGAGUGCCUGUGGUUCCUCAGGGAUAUUCCUGACUGGGAGAGGGGUGGUGGUGGUAAGCCAUCAGUACUAAGUGGUCAGUGUAUUUCUAGGAUUCCUCUCAGAGACGGGAGGUGAGCUGUCAAAAAGAGAAGGCCUGGAUCCUCUUCGUCCCACCUUCUCCUUGACAGGCAAUGUUCAGAGUCAUGUCAUCAGUCCAGAGGAUAUGGCGCACUGCUAUGCCACCCUACCACCAGAACAGCUCCACAGCCACAGUGCCCAGGUCUCCUGGCUCAAGUGGCAGCCCCAAGUCCCCCAGUACUCCUGGCUCAGUGAAGGUGGCCUCCCCAUUGGAAUGUUCCAUUUGCUUCUCAGGCUACGACAACAUCUUCAAGACGCCCAAAGAGCUUUCCUGCACUCAUGUCUUCUGUCUUGAGUGCUUGGCUAGGCUGGCAGCGGCCCAGCCUGCAGGCCGUCCUGGCAGAGAAGCCGUGCCCUGCCCAUUCUGCCGGCAGCCCACAACUGUGCCCGCUGCUGGGGCUCCUGCACUGCGUACCAGUCGUCAGCUACAGGCCAAGAUGCCGGCGCACCUACAGAGAGAGGAGCCUGUGUGGCUGGAGGGCACCAAACUGUGUUGCCGCCCUUCGCCCACUGCUUCUGGCCAAGAGGCCAGUGACUUUGUAUGUGUGGAUGUAGGCCUGAGCAAACCACCUGAGCCCACCGUACCUAUACCUGUCCAAGACCCUGCACCCAACCCAGGCUGUCUGGCCCGCUGUUGGGCACGCUGUAGGGAAUGGCGUCGUGUAGCGCUGGUUUCCGUGCUGUUGCUGGUGCUGUUUUGUGUGGUACUCUGGCCUGUGCACUGUGCACUCAAAACUGGAAAUCUGCAUUGCAUUAACCGGCCACCUGCAGCCACUGUCACCAUCGCUGCCACCACCGAUGCCCUAUCCCUUGGGCUCUUAGCCAACAACUAGGGUCACCACUUGGGCCAGGCCAGCUAUUCCAAAAACUCCAUGGCUAGGUCUCUAAUACACUGAGGUCAGGAACACAGCAGCUUUUGAAGUUAGUUGGUCCCCCAGAACCCCAUAUAGGACACGUACAUGUUCCUCACUCUUCAGGACUAGAUGCCAACGAGGACAAAAAGAGUCCUCAAAGCCUCCAAGAACUUCUAAAGGCUCGAGAGACUGCCCUGGGAUCCUGUCAUACAGAUGGGGAAAGGAGCCCCGGGGACGUCUGGUCAGAUGUCUGGCCUCCCUGAACACACGGAACUGGCAAAACAGCAGGAGUUUGCCAUCCUUCCUUUCCUAAGACAUUGCUGGGGGUGCUGAGCAGCUGGUUAUCCAAGAGUGAGAGUGAAGAGGCAGGUCACCCUCUGCCCAUGCCACAGCGGGAACUUGCCAGCUGUCCCCAGCCAUUAUGAAUAGUACAUUUCAAAAUAAAUUAUUUUGUAUAAAUAUUA